UUUGUGGCUUACCUGAUACCUACUAUUCAUGGUUCUUGGUAACUGAGCUCCAUACAUGGAUGUUGAUGGUGCGACUCAUGGCUGAAGGAAAAGAAGGAAGGUUUACUCGAAAUGCAGUCAUUGAAGCUCUGUGGAAAGAUUCUGAAAUAAGAGCUAAGAAACUUGGGAUUUUAUCACAAAGUACACUUCGGGAACAGAUGCGGGAUCUUGGUUCUUCUUUCCAAGCAGCUGUGAUUGCUUAUGAUGAAGGGCUGAUGGGUGAUGAUCAUGUCUUAGCUUCAGCUUUAUGGAGAAGACUUUUCUGCAUGAACUGUGAUGAUCCAGAAAGACUAGAAUGUUGUGUCCAGUUUGUGAGAAAACAG